AUGCGCGCUUUGUCGAUAUCUAUCAUUCUUUACACUCUUGCAGAUGUAGCACAGUCUCUGUACUCGGGCAAGUUUUGCCCUUUGGCUUGCGAGACCACCAUCAACUAUGUAACCUUUAACGACACCGACCCUUCGCUUUCGCGGAAGUUCCGAGCAUGUCAAAGUGAUUUGCGCGUCACGUCACUGUACCUGUGUUUCGGGGAAUUCUGUAAGCGAGAUGGUCAUAUAGAAGAGUGGAUUGAGAGUCAGAAUCUUUGGUGCGAAGCAUACGCGAAUAUCACAUUACCUUCAUUUCACGAUGUUGUGGAUCGAUGGACGCCGGAUGAAAGGGGCAAAAUAAGACGGCUGCAGGCGGAAGAGGCACUGGAGUUUCCGAGCAUUGAUGAAGUUGUGCUACCCAGUGAUAUGCUCGUGAAGCGAGCUUUUACGACUAUGGACGCAGCAGAUUGGGAAUACAAGAUCCAUCUUGUAUAUGGAUGGUACAUGUACUACUUUUGGAUCGCCGUAGUGAUUGUUGGUGUCACAACGCGUCUCUUAUCACUGAUGCGCGGUAGACGACACUACAAUAAGUCGUAUGAGGCGAUCUCAGAGGUUGCUUCUAGCACAGAUUCUGUGUCACUCAGCCCUGUAAUCCGUUUACAGACAUGGCUAAAGCGAUACCUCACCACACCUGCCGCGUUUGGUGACCGCUGUUCUCGACCUUAUGGCUGGUGCACCAUACCACCACGGAUCCAAUCGCUUACCAUCUUCUUCUUCGUCGCACUCAACAUCGCCGUCUGUACUUGCUCCUACCGUCUUACCGAAGGCAACCUCUACUGGCCAGAGAAGUCAGCACAACUUCUCCGCUAUGUAUCGGAUCGUACUGGGAUCGUUUCGCUGGCAAACUUCCCUCUUGUCUGGCUUUUUGGCAUGCGAAACGAUGUUUUAAUCUGGAUAACUGGAUGGGGAUUCGGCACAUACAACGCUUUCCAUCGAUGGGUUGCUAGGGUCGCCACGGUACAAGCUGUGGUGCACAGUCUGGGCUAUACGCUGAUGAUACUGGAGAGCGGAGGAUGGUCACACUUUCUCAAGUACUGGACGAAACACUACUUCUGGAAUGGCGAACUAGCGACCAUCGCUAUGUGUGGCCUUUUAGCGUUUUCGUUCUAUGGUAUUCGCCGUGCGCACUACGAGUUCUUUCUCGUCACGCACAUAGCGUUGUCCAUCGCCGCACUCUGGUCCAUGUACUACCAUGUCGAGAUCUUUACUAACGGCGAGUGGAACAUAUUUAUCUGGCCAUGUGUCGUUGUCUGGAUCUUCGAUCGCGCCAUGCGCCUCGUUCGGAUCGUAGUGUUCAACCGCAAUCCUUUCGGUACCAAGGCUAGGGUCACUUAUGACCCUAAUAGUAACCUUGUCCGAAUGGACGUUGACGGGAAGAAGAGCUUGGUCGCGCCGAAGCCUGGUACAUAUUACUAUAUCCACGUAUUGGACGACACGUUGUAUGCCCACCAGAGCCAUCCUUUCACGUUGGCAUACACCUCGACAGAUGCCGACCAGCCUCCGUCUACGCCUUUGUCGCCACUUUCGCUCAGACCCGAACCCUUGCGCACGUCAUCAGCCUCAUCCACCGAGUCUGAUGCGCUCCUGCCAUCUGAAGGCGUACUGAACAUGGUGUUCCUUAUCCGACCAUACGACGGUUUCACAUCCCGUUUAAAAUCACAUUGUCUUUUGCAUCCCAAAAGACUCAACGUCCUCAUCGAAGGACCCUAUGGACAUACUGUCCCUCUCCGAAGUUUCACCAACAUUCUGUUUAUAGUUGGUGGGACUGGUAUCGCAGUGCCUCUGUCACAUCUGGCUCAUAUACUGUCCACGUCCUCACGUGUUCAGAGUGUGAAGAUUGUUUGGGCGGUCCGCGAGUAUGCAUUCCUUGCGUCAGUACUGCGUGACUUCAGAGGGUUGUUAAGCGAUGAGAGAAUGGAGAUGGAAGUACAUGUCACUCGCGAUGACGAAGCAAAGGACGACGUCUUAGGCGAGGCGUUAAAGAGUGUGAGGAUGAUGGCGCACAGGCCCAAUGUACAUACCACGAUAGUGGAAGCUGCAAGAGAUGCGGGGCAACAACCGCUAGCGAUUGUGGCCUGCGGACCAGCUUUGAUGGCUGAUCAGGCCAGAAGAGCAAGUGUACAGAUGCUGGCUAAGGGACAUAGGGGUGUUGAGUACUUUGAAGAAAGCUUUAAAUGGUAA